CCUCUGUAGCCUCGUACGUCACUUCCGUUUGCGGGGCUGCUGUAGUGUCUGUCUGGGAAGGAGGGCUUCCAGGCUGAGCAGGCGACUUACUGCAGAAAACCUACAAAAGGCAUUUUUUCUGUGCAGGGAUCGGAAGUUAUUUGAGACAUAAAAACACUAUUACCCGACAAGUUUGUACUUAGUGGACUAUUUCCCUCUCUGAGCCUCAUUACGCUUCAGUGAAGUGCUGCAGCAGCAACAGAGCAGCACGCCGCCGCUGCUGUUGUUGUAAGAAAACAAGUCCGCUAAGCUGUGUGAUCAUUGACAGAGUUCAGUACACACCAGCUUCGAGAGAUAACUUGUGGGAGCCUUUUGUGGACUAUCUCUUCAGGAUCCAACAGCUGGGGGUAUUUUGUCGCUGAAGUCAAGGUAUUUCACCGUAUAGGUUUUUUUUAUUUGAACCACCAUUGAGCACUUGACUAGUAGGAACCCUCUUCACGAUUUUAAACCAGCUUGUCUGCAGCCCCUUCCCAUCUCAGAGCGUUCUGCCCCAGCAUGAAUGAAGUCAGUGUUGUGAGAGAAGGAUGGCUCCACAAGAGAGGUGAAUACAUCAAAACAUGGAGGCCUCGUUACUUCAUUUUAAAGAGCGACGGCUCCUUCAUCGGCUAUAAAGAAAAGCCAGAGGUUUCCAGCGACCACAACCUCCCACCAUUAAACAACUUCUCUGUCGCAGAAUGCCAGCUAAUGAAGACGGAGCGACCCAGGCCAAAUACAUUUGUCAUCCGUUGCCUGCAAUGGACCUCUGUUAUUGAGCGCACCUUCCAUGUAGACAGCAAUGAAGAGAGGGAGGAAUGGAUGCGAUCGAUCCAGGCGGUGGCAAAUAGCCUGAAGAGUCAGCAGCAGGAUGAGGAGCCAAUGGAGAUUAAAUUUGGCUCACCAAGUGACAGCAGUGGCGCAGAGGAGAUGGAGAUUGCUAUUUCCAAAUCCCGCUCAAAAGUGACCAUGAGUGAUUUUGACUACCUGAAGCUGCUGGGGAAAGGGACAUUUGGUAAGGUGAUCCUGGUGAAGGAGAAGGCCACAGGGAUGUACUAUGCCAUGAAAAUCCUCCGCAAGGAAGUCAUCAUUGCAAAGGAUGAAGUGGCACACACAGUUACAGAAAGCAGAGUACUCCAAAACACACGACAUCCCUUUCUAACGACACUAAAAUAUGCAUUUCAAACUCAUGAUCGGCUAUGCUUUGUCAUGGAGUAUGCAAAUGGAGGAGAACUCUUCUUUCACUUAUCACGUGACAGGGUGUUCACAGAAGACAGAGCAAGAUUCUAUGGUGCAGAAAUAGUGUCAGCACUGGAGUACCUACACUCACGCAAUGUAGUUUACAGGGAUUUAAAGUUGGAGAACCUUAUGUUAGACAAAGACGGCCAUAUAAAGAUAACAGACUUCGGUCUGUGUAAAGAGGGCAUCACUGACGGCGCCACCAUGAAAACCUUCUGCGGGACCCCAGAGUACCUGGCACCAGAGGUUCUAGAGGACAACGACUACGGACGGGCAGUGGACUGGUGGGGUCUAGGUGUGGUCAUGUAUGAGAUGAUGUGCGGUCGGUUGCCGUUCUACAACCAGGACCACGAGCGUCUCUUUGAGCUCAUCCUCAUGGAGGAGAUUCGCUUCCCCAAGAACCUGGCUCCUGAAGCCAAGGCCCUACUGGCUGGUCUGUUAAAAAAGGAUCCCAAGCAAAGGCUCGGUGGUGGACCUGAUGAUGCCAAAGAUGUGAUGGGCCACAAGUUCUUCAUCUCCAUUAACUGGCAAGAUGUACUUGAAAAGAAGCUUAUUCCACCGUUCAAGCCCCAAGUAACAUCAGAGACAGACACGCGUUACUUUGAUGACGAGUUCACAGCACAAACCAUAACAAUAACUCCCCCUGAUAAGUAUGACAGUUUAGAUCCAGAGGAUUCAGAUCAGCGUACGCACUUCCCUCAGUUUUCCUACUCUGCAAGCAUACGGGAAUGAUCAAUCAGACUCAAGAACAAGCAGUCAGACUUACACACUAUCACAAUUCCACAUACACACUUGCACUGCAGGGGAAUUUUGAACAACACCAACAAAAACUGGCACAAGACACAUUUUCAUUUGAUCUUUGAUGCACGUAAACUCACAGACACGCACACAUACACACACACACACACAUUCAAAGGCAAAUCAGACAAGACGCGGAUCAUAAAGUGUGAAAUAAACACACAGGCUGAGAAUGACCGACCUCAGCAGGUUUGUGUGGAUCGACUGGCAGCUUUGUCUGUGUACAUCCUCUCAGGGCUUGCUUUAGGCUUCCCUGCGGGACCUCUGCUGCACUACACUGGGUACCACAUCAAAGCCUUGACACUUUGAAAUCCAGGUUAUGCCAGGAAGUACCAUCUCUCUACCAGCUGCGCCCAUGCUUCACACACUGACAUAGUCACUAGUUCAUGCAUAGACUGCAUAAAUAUACACACACACACACACACACACACACACAAAUGUACUUGAUAGAAUUUUAAUAGCGUGAUCAAGAAAAUUAGGAAAAUGAAAACGUUUUUGGGAAAAGACAAAUUUUUAUUUCAUCAGUUAAUGUUUUAAAUGUAAAGCCAUAUUUCUGCAUUUUCAGAUUAUUUUCCUUUUUUUCAACAAGUGCUCUUUCUGGAACUUGCUGUUACAAAUCAAGUGUGGGACUGUUCCUACAGUAAGGGGAAAUGGGAAAGGGGGGACGGGGAGGGUUGCCAUUUCUGUGUUUGCACUGCACGUGUCUGUAAGCAAAUGAGUGAGCGGAUGUGUAAAUGUACUGGGUGUGUGCAUAUGAGUGCAGGAGAAUGUAUGAAAACCAUUUUGAUUCCCAUCCAUCCAUUUGUGUCAGUUUUUAUGCAUGUCUUUAAACUUUUGCUGGAAAAUCAACCUGAGGACCCUACACAGCACACUUGAUGGCCUUUCUCAAAGGGAACAAGCAUGUAACUAAUGAUUGCUGUAACCAGCUUGGCACUAAAUUGACUCAGUCAGAAAUACAAACUGGGACCUAUUGCAUGACUAACCUUUGCUUUAAAAGCUACUUAUGCUAAACUCAUAGUGAUGCAGCAGUGAUGAGUCAUAGAUGCUGUGUCCAGACUGAUCUGCUGGUUGGAGGUGUAGCUGUAGGUUUUUUGUGCUAAGGACAGAAGAUCUGAGGAGAGAGACCUUUAUAGGCUAGAUGCUUUCCCCAGCUGUACCCAAAUCAACUUAAGAGACCAAUCACAGCCAUUCACUUUCCUCCAUCCAGUGAUCCUCACGCUCUAUCCCUAGCUGAAGAAGUAGGCACCGAUCUUUGUUUGUUUCCCAUUCAUCAUGUAAGUUUAAAACUGUUUUCAGAAAAUUGUUCCCGUAUUUAAAGAAUAAGAGUUGAUUUUUUGUGAAGUCUUUAUAAUGAGGCCAAAAAUUGACUGACAUAGUGGACAUUUAACACUUCAAAUGAUUCCACGUUUUGUUUAGAAGUUUUGAUUUGUGUUGUCGAUAAUGCUCUGUUGAGGCACUUAAAUCAGCUUUGUUGUAUGUUAAAGAAACCGUCUGCAGCCAACUGAACUCUGCUUUGCUGGUCAACCAACCUUUAACAUUCUGACUAACUUAACAAAACAUCCAUUGGAUUGUUAAGUUUGGAUGAAAUUCUGCACACUUUAAAUAAUGAGGGCACAUGACUGAGUUCUGGACAGCAUAUUUUAAAGUGCUCGUAUUGAUGCAAGCAUUUUGUAUUCCGUAUUGCUGGAAAAGAUGUUGGUUAUCUUUAAACCUCACUAAAGGAACAUCAAGAUCUUUUUGUUUCAUUUGUUUUUGAUUUUUUUCCCCCCUCUCUUUAUCGUCCACCUAUUUCUCCAACUUUGGAAGACACAUUUUCAUGUUUAAGUAUACAGUAUAUAAAGUAUAUAUAUUAAAAGUUUUUAAACUA